CCACCAUCCCAUAAUGCAUUGUUAAUUUCUUUUGUGUAGUAAUUACAAAAGGAUCAAAAGCGAAAUAAACACUGAUCAUAAAGCAAGGAACAGAUAAAGAAACACACCCCGGCCAGGGGGAGCAAGAUGGUUUUAAUUUUGACCAUAUGCUCCUCAAUGCAAGGCUGACCCCGCAAGUCUCUGCACCUCGAAGUCGCCAGCCUUUCAUCUAGCUCCCCAAAAAGAUGUUCACUGGUGUCUGGCCAUCUCAUCUGGGGAGCACACAAUGGACUUGGCCGCCCAGAGCCUGACCGGUUGCCGUGGUGGGGCCACCGAGUUUUACGAGCCAGACCCAUCGAGGAGUGACAACAACAACAACAACCGAGGGAGCAGCCCUGCAGAUGGCGUGGAUGGUGUGGAUGACCUGUACUCCUCCCCGUCUUCAUCAAGCAGUGACCGCGAAGCUCAGCUGUCCCCCGACUAUCAGGAUGAGGUGUUCUACGGCAAGUUGAAAGUCAAGGUCCGCAGGGAUGGCAAGAAGCUGGUGGAGAAGAAACGGCGGCAGGACCUACAGCAGCAGUAUAGCAACCUGAGGUCGUUGGUACCGGGGUUGCAGGAUGUGGAGGGUCGCACGCCCUUAUCUCGAAACGUCAUCCUCAAAAAAACACUGCAUUACAUUGAACAGUUGAAGGUCUCUAUGAGUUCUUCCCUCCACCUGGCAAACGAGCUGCGACUUGAACAGGAGUACAGCCGUCAGCUGGAAAGGGAAUGGCAAAUGUGGCAGAAAAAGGUGGAGGCUUUGAGGAAGAAGAAAGAACAGCUGUGCCUAGCAGAGACACCAGCUGCACAUCAUUUGCAUCCAGAUAUGCUAAACGGCAUGACAUCACAGUAUGGUGAGUCCAAGCUGCCACCCCAGAACCAAUUGAACAGCAUGCAGACAAUCACAUGACAUGCAGCUGUUGCAUAUUCAUUCAUGCAUGUCACCAGUGAAGGAUGAAGGCAGUUACAACUGGAGAAUGUUUAACUCACAAUAUCAUUGAGUUUACCUUAAAGUGCUCUGCUUUUUUUUCAGACGUUUGUAAUUUGUUUCAAGCUGUAUUCUCCAAAUCAAGGUUUUUCUAUGCAAGUUCUGUAUGCGCUGAUGUUAUUUUGAGGCUUUGACUAACAUUUUCUCCAGUGGAGUUUGUUUUAAGCUGAUACAAGAAACUAUUUGUGCAUUUUUGUCAAGUUCACCUGCAAUACAAAGCCAGCUUUUCUGACAACGUAUUUAAAAAACAUCAACAGAAUGGUCGCUUUAAUGUUGAUACAUGUACAUGUACUUAAGAGUGCGCAGUUCUUAAUUUUUACGGAAGGGCGUGGGUUAAAAGAGUGCCUUGUUUGUUUUUCUUCACAAGUGUGCCGGUAGUGGUGAAGUAACUUUAUACCAUUAACAUCAAAAUAACUGUGACCACAAUAAUUGAAAGCAAGUACUAUGUGAAAAUGGAAAAUGAAGUAUUCAGGGAUUUCAACAGGUAGAAUUUAUCGAAGCUAGGACUGUUAAAUAGUAUAUGGCUAGUGGUUACUAGCAUGAAAUGAUCUAAACAUGGCAGGGUAUAUGUCAGUAAUGGGCUCAUGAGGGCAGAAAGUAAAAACAGGGAUUUAACAGUGCCUAACUGGUUACAACACUUUACUUUAAAAUUGCUUUACAGAGGCACAAUUUGAUCUGAGGUGUUGGUGAUUUGUCACAUAAAAGUUAUGUAAAAACCAUCACUGCUAGAAGCAGCAGCAGAAGAAGAUUUAAGAGUUGAAAUUUGAUGUUUGUCUCUCCAAAUGUUCCAGGGUGCUGUUCGUGAUGCAGAUGUACACGAUACACCUUAUAACCUUAUAUUAAACUGGUGUGUUUAAAGUUUUUAUACUUUUUUCAGUACUGUAAUAACAUAUUUUGCUUUGGGAAGGUCCGAAAGGAACUUCUCUCAAUCAUGAUGUAGUGGGAUCAAAUAACCCAUUUUCCCCUCCCCUGGUCCAAAAAGGGGAGGGAUUCCCCCCCCCCAUCUCCCAAUAUUUACACCUCUUUGCAUCAUGCAAUUUCCAGCAUCUCAACGAAAGUUGGUAAAAAUUAGUCACUUGCCCACAUUUAGAAUAUUCCUCUGUUCCUUAUUCUGAAGCUCUGCCCCAUUUUAUCUGAUUCCGACAUGCCUGACAACUGCACCUUAAAAGGGUGGCCCAACUUGCAGAGCUGGCAGAGAUUUGGGAACAUCAGUUCUUAAAUUUGAUGAAAUGAUUUCUCCGCAAAGCAGGUCAUGAUAUAAAUGAGUGUUUUAACCUUGUAUUUAUUUAUAUUUAAUGUGAAUGCGAAAAAUCCAAGGUGUUUGAUAAAGUGGGAACGUUUUAAAGAAACACAAUAUUUUUGCAAUUUCAGCUGUAAUUUAUGCAUCUUUGGAGCAGUGGUGUAACUCUGAUUAAAAGCUGUUCGUGUGAUAAGGUGUAAGGUUUGUUAAUUGUGCAGAUAAUUGGAAUUGAAUCCAAAUGUUAACAUGUUUGUCACUGGAUUUUUUGUAAAUUGAGUUCUGGUUUUGGUGGUUUUAAGUUUUAGCAAAAUACCUUUAAGAGUUUCAGUUUUGGUACUUUCUGCAGUGUGUUUAAUGUGUAGUUUUUCUCCAUUAUUGAGAUGUAUUGUAUAUAUUGGUACUUCUGUAAAUUUUGGUUUUUAGCAUCAUUAUGUGUACAGCCUGUGACUUUGAUGCUUCCUCACAAAUUCUCUGAAAUACAUAUUGCAUUGUCUUUCUAAUAACUGUCUUUCAAAUUGGAAUAUCUAUGAACUUUGUUAAACUGAACUAAAUGAAGUAAUGGAUUUCUAAUAGGCUUGAACAAAUAUGUUGACAAUGAGAAGUCAGUACACACUUUUUUCAAAAAAGAAGGCUGCCAUAAAGUUUUUUUAUAUUUAAUUUAAUGUCUGCGUUUUAAAUUUCCAUCCAUUCCCAGAUAAUGUAUUCCUAGAAAUGGUUAUUCCUUAAAACAACUGAAUGAAUUUUACUUAGAUGUUUGUCACAUUUGCUUUUUAUUACCUGAAGUAAGUAGGGCUGAUGCUGAAUCAUUUUGCGAGCAUCGGUUAUGUGAAGGAGAGGUUUUGGUCUUAUGUCAUAUUUCAUAUUCCACUGGCAUUUUGUAUCUUUUCUCAGUGUCUUUCAUAAUGUGCUAAAUAGCAAAUACAAUUUGUGCCUUUCAAUAUCAAGUGCCUUGUAUUUAUAAAGCAAGAUUUUGACUUGUCUUGUUUUUUUGUUGUGUACUGAGACAUUUUCUUUUUUUUUUGGAUUUUUUUUUG